CAUUGACCAGUGGUUCCAGUAUUUCGCCACCCUCAUCUUCAUAGAGGGACGCAGAAAGCACAGGACAAGACCAGAGAGUAUCAACUCGUAUAUACGACAUGUCAUUCUUCGCCAAACUGGGGAGCUCAGGCUCGGAUACCUCUGAUUCCGGGUCAGACUCUGAAGAAUCCAUUCGUUCCGGUUCAGAAGGGGAGGAACAAGAUCGUAAACUCGCCGCUGCUAAGAAGGAGAAGAAGAAACAUGGAGCGAGCAUGUUUUUGAAGAGUGAUGCGGAGGAUUCGGAUGAUAGUAGUGAUGAGGAAGAAGAGGAGAUGAGUGAGGACGAAGAUGAAGAUGAUGACGACGAUGAUGAUGAUCGUGGGAAUCUUGCAAACCAAUUCUUAAAAGGUGCCGCUAGUAGCGAAGAAGAGUCGGAGGAAGAAGAUAAAACUGUCGUUCUUUCCGCCAAAGAUAAACGAUUCGCGGAAAUGGAAACUUCAAUCAGUAAAAUUCAAAACGCUAUCAAAAACGCCGAUGGAGCAAGAAAUGAUUGGGUGCUCGCCGCUUCAGAACUUGACAAAUUGAUACGUUUCAUAACCAGACAUCAAACAAGCAUGAUUUCAUCACCUAUCCCUCCAGCUGGACAUUUCCCACCAGCUUUCCUCGCAUGUCUCGUGGAACUCAACGAUGCGGUCAACGAGACUAUCACGGCUGAGAAGACAGCAAGCAAAAAGAUGCCAGUUCCUAAAGCAAAGGCUUUGAGUGCUAUACGACAAACUCUCAAGAAAAAGAUGAAAGAGUUUGAGAUUGUAUUGACUACUUAUCAAGAGGAUCCGACGGCUUAUGCCUCAGCUUAUGAUGUUGCCAAUGUUGCACCCGCGGUACCUAAAGUUUCAAGAAAGACUACCGCCACCGCUCCAACGGAGGAAGGUGAUGAGGGUGAUUUCCAGACUAUAGGAAAAGGAGGCAAAACUCUCAAUCUCACACCUGAAGGAGUUUUCAAAACUCUCAAGGACAUCGCCGAGCAGAGGGGCAAAAAGAAUACCGACCGAGCUGAGACAAUCCGGAUUUUGACGAAAUUACUCGAAGUCUCAGUGACAACGUAUCAGAAGAUCAGAGUUUACCUCUCUCUCUUACCUGCUCGAUUGGAUUAUUCACAACAUCUUCCUUCCAUCCCACAUGACUCUUGGAUUUCAUGUCGGCAAGAAUACGAUGACCUCAUUUCACUCUUACUGAAAGAAUCUGAUUAUAUGGUGGCAGAGGUGGUGCCGGAAUAUGACGAUAUGGUCGACCGAGAGCCUGAAGAGGUCGAUGGGCAGAAACAGAGGGUCAUAGUGGCCGGCAGUCUGAUCGGCACACUGGAAGGUUUGGACAACGAGUUCACCAAAACACUUCAACAUACUGAUGCGCAAGAAAAGGGAGCGGAGUAUAUUGAACGUUUGAAAGAAGAAGCACCUUUAUAUGCUACGAUCUGCAAAGCUCAAGUAUUGUUCGAACGAGAAAACAUGUCGGAUCAAACUGCUCGUGCUGUCAUGCGUCGCUUGGAACACGUUCACGCAAAACCGGAUAUCAUCAUUGACCACUUUGAACAACGUGCAAUCUCCGCUAUCGGCUCUUACACAUCCUCUCUCACACCAUUCACUGCUAAACGUUCUCCGGCAGCUUUGAUUCACACCCUUUGCGUUUACAUCUACUCUAUCGAAUCUACACUCUUACGAACCCGAGCCAUCCUCUUUCACAUCUUCAACCGUGGUAUGCAUGGGGAAUAUCAUCAAGCUCGCGAUCUCCUCCUUAUGUCUCAUAUUCAAGAUACUGUCCAACAAGCCGACGUGACCACUCAGAUUCUCUACAACCGAGCCGUCAUGCAACUCGGUCUCGCAGCUUUCCGUCAAGGUUUAGUGGAAGAAUGUCGUACCAUCCUCCAAGAGAUAUUCAGUACUCAGAAACAAAAAGAACUUCUCGCUCAAGCAGUACAGCGAUACAAUAAUUUUCUCACUCCGGAUCAAGAAUCAAAAGAAAAACGUCGUCUUUUACCAUUCCAUCUACAUCUCAAUUUAGAGCUUUUAGAAGCGGCUUACCUCACAAGUUGCAUGUUGAUCGAAAUUCCUCUUCUUGCCAAUGCGCAGACGGAGGAACAAAGACGAAGAGUGGCGAGUAAAACUUUCAAGAGACAUUUGGAUAUGGCGGAAAGACAAGCGUUCAUGGGUCCUCCGGAACAUACAAGGGAUCAUGUGGUUAAAGCUGCUAAAGCGUUAGAAGCUGGGGAUUGGGAAAGAGCUAAAGAAUUGAUUUUAUCCAUUAAGGUUUGGUCGUUGUUAGAUAAUGUGGAUGAGGUCAAGGCGACGUUAGCCAUAAAAGUUCAAGAAGAAGCUCUCCGAACUUACCUAUUCACAUAUUCCGCUCACUACGCCUCACUAUCCCUUUCAGCCCUCGCUACGACCUUUGAUCUCCCCCUCGCCCGCGUACAGACCAUAGUAUCACGUAUGAUCUACAACGAUGAGCUUCAAGCUAGUCUGGAUGCUAUCGACAGUGUCAUAGUUUUCCAGCGGAUCGAAACUACUGAAGUUCAAAAGUUGGCUCAACAAUUGGCUGAUCGGGCGGUAGCGAUGCUGGAAACGAACGAAAAGACUUUAGAUCAGAAACUCGGUCAAGGUGGUCAAGGUGUUGAUAGAGAAUCACGUGGGGCGACGGGAGGAGAAGGAAAAGGAACAGAGAGGAGACAAGGUCAAAGAGGUACAUAUCGUGGUAGAGGUAGAGGAAGGGGAUUCCAAUCUGGUCUAGGUGGAGCUAUGGGACAACGUAGAGUCGCAGCUUAGUCUACAUUCAUACAGGUUUAACAGCAAGGACCACAGAUUAUGAAUCAUUGUACAUGCAUUUUUGUUGAGGCAAAGAA